AUAGGGGUGGGUCGUGCCAUGGCCGGGGACGCCACCACCUGCGUGUCCAGGUGGCCCGACCUCCCGGCCGACCUGAUCCGCGAGAUCUCCGGCCGCUUCCGCGAAGCCGCCGACUACGUCCACUUCCACGCCGUCUGCAAGCCCUGGCGCGACGCCGUGGUGUCGCCGCCGCCCUUGUUCUUCCCGUGGCUAGUGAGGUGCUUGGACGAGUCCACGCCGCCGUGGCGAGAACCCUGCUGGGCCGACGAGGACAAGCUGCUGUUCCGCUCCGUCUCCGGCCACAAGCAGGCCACCUUCCGCGUCUCCCGCGCCAGCUGCCUCGGCGAGAAGUUCGCCGUGCGCGACACCGACGGCCCAGGCGGGCGCGUCCUCGCCGUCGGCAGCGGCGGGGCCAGCCUCGUGAACCCGCUCACCGGAGCCGCCACCCACCUGCCCCGGUGCUUCCCGGAAAAUAUGGCCGGCUAUCUUGGCAGCGUGGACGGUGUGGUCACCGGCGACGGCACGGUGCUCCUCUACUACCUGAGCAUGAGCAGUUGUACAUUCUACCGCGCGGCCAUCCUGCGGGCGGGCGACGACGCAUGGACCUCUGUGCACACGUGCAUAGACUCCGAGACGAUGUCGUUCUGGCAGCAGUGGAGCGCCACGUACCACGACGGCAAGGUGAUCAACGCGGGCAGGCAAUUCUACAGGGUGGGCAUGCUCAGCAUAGCCCCAGGCGAUGUGUUCACCGGGAGACUCGAGAAGAGGUCGCUGCCGCAGCUGUACGACGAACCUGCCUCGUACAGCUACUUCUUCGAGCUCGGCGGCGAGCUGAUGUGGGCGUACGUCCAUGUCGCGGCGGCGGCGUUGUUGGAUCACGGCCACUACCCUCUCAAGGGAGGCGACCUGGUGGGAAGCGGCGCGGUGAGCUUGUGGGUGUACUCGAGGGAGAAGAAGAGCGGGCGGUGGGUGAAGAGGGAGGGGCGGAGGUUGCUGGGCAGCAGCGUUCUGUUCCUGGGGUGGACGAGCAGCUUCGCCGUGGAGGCGGGGCAGCUGGCCGGCGAGGUGGACGGCGGGUGCGCCUACUUGAUGAUAGACAGCGUGGGGCGCGGGCUAGGACGACGAGGGUUCCUGCUCCUGGACAGGUGUACGGUGUACAGGUAUAGGUUGGAGGACGACACCAUCACAAUGCUGGAUGAACUGCCUCCUGGAUGGCUUGCCAGCUGCUGCACUUGGUUCCUACCACGCCCCACCAUCCAACCAAAAUUAUCUAAACCCUAUGCCUAAUAACAAUUAGUGUAAUUUUCUUUUUUUCCCCUUCCAAUUUUUCAAAUUUUAAAGUGAUACUUUAAUGAGUUUAGUAUUACUAUUUAGUUUCAGGAGUAGUACGUCGCUACCCCUAGCUGCCGAUCUCACUCCUAAUUUCACCCCGGCCUGAUCAUCCACGUAUCAUGGCGCCGCUGCAUGAAUAUAAUGCAUGCUGUUUCUA